UUUGCAUUUCAUUAUGCUGGCACACUUAGCCCAGUCUCAAGUCCCCCCACUACUACAAUUCAUUCAUUAUCAGGCUCUCUGCCUGCCUGUUUUUUUUCUCUCUCUCUCUCUUCCCCUCCUUCCCUCUCUCUCUGUUCACUCCGCCCCUCUCUCUCCAGCUCCCCCGCUCUCUCUCUCCUUUAAGACUCUGGCAGCCCUGGCUCGACCUGUUUAUCUCAGCCUGGGCUGCGCUCGACCUACUCCACCAGCACAGAAAAGGGGGAGGGCUCUGUCUGCUUUCAAUCAAUAACCUGUGGAAUUCAGAAAGACAAGUGCGUGUGUGUGACUUGGAAGAGGAGUACGCAUCAUGGCCGAACCCAUGUCCCCGGAUUACUUCAGCUGCCCCCUGUGCGUGGAGCUCCUGAAGGACCCUGUGGCUAUUCCCUGUGGCCACAGCUUCUGCAUGGACUGUAUCAGUGGCUACUGGAACGAAGCGGACUACACGGGCAUCUACAUCUGCCCCCAGUGCCGGAUCACCUUCACGCAGAGGCCUGUGCUCCGGCCGAACACCACUCUCACAAAGGUGGCGGAGAAGAUCAAGAAGACAGGCCUUAACCUGAAUGCCUCCGCGGCGCCUUCUCCCAACAGCUACGCGGGCCCGGCCGACGUGCCGUGCGACUACUGCUCGGGCAAGAAGCUCAAGGCUGUCAAGUCGUGUCUGAACUGCCUGGCCUCGUACUGCGAGAAGCACCUGAAGCCCCACUAUGAGUCGGCCACCUUCAAGAGGCACAAGCUGGUGGACCAGCUGGGCAACCUGGACCGCAAGAUCUGCCCGCAGCACCAGAAGAGCCUGGAGCUGUUCUGCCGGACUGACCAGAUGUGUAUCUGUGCCAUCUGCACGGUCAGUGAGCACAAGGGUCACGACAUAGUUUCCGCCGAAGCAGAGAGGAGUGAGAAACAGAAACUCCUCGGUGUGUCCCAAGCUGAAAUCCGACAGAAAUGCCAGCAGAGGACAAAAGAACUAGAGGAGCUGAAGACAGCUGUGGACUCCCUCAAGAGCUCUGCUCAGAGGGCCAUGACUGAGAGCAAGAAGAUGUUUGACGAAAUGAUCACCUCCAUUGAGAGGAUGAGGUCGGAGGUGACCAAACUGAUCAACAUCAACGAGAAGGCAGCCUUCAGCCAGGCCGAUGCCCUGAUGGAACGCCUGGAGCAGGAGAUCGACGAGCUGAAGAAGAAGGAGACCGGACUCAAGCAGCUGUACAGCACAGAUGACCAUAUCCAUUUCUUACAGAACUUUAACUAUCUCUGCACCCCUACGGAUGAUGGGUUUGUGCCAAGAGUCACCCUCAACCCAGACUUCUCAUUCGGAGCAGCCAGGAAAGCCGUGGCUGAGAUAAAAGAGAGACUGGAGGAGAUUGGCAGAGAAGAACUUCUGAAGAUCUCCUAUUCAGUAAAUGAAGUUCCUGUUUACACAAUGGAGAACCGCACAAGGGAAAGAAGUUCCAGAGUCAAAGAAGUAGCCGUGGACAGUGCUUCACCUCCAGAACCAAAGAACCGGUCUGACUUUCUGAAAUACUUCUGCCAGCUCAAAUUUGACCCUAUCACCGCCUACAAGGAGCUCCAUCUCUCCGAGAGCAGCAGGAAGGUGAUCAGGACCAGGGACCUGCAGCCAUACUCAGACAGCCCAGAGAGGUUUGACAGCUUCGCCCAGGUGCUGUGCCGCGAGGCCCUGUCCGGCGGCCGCUUCUACUGGGAGAUCGAGUGGAGCGGAGAAUUCUCCAUGGACGUGGCCUACAAGGGUAUCAGCCGCAAGGGCAAAGGCUCCCUCUGUCUGCUGGGGUACAAUGACAAAUCCUGGAGCCUCCUGUGCUCCGACUCUGGCUACUCGGCAUGGCACAACCGGGUGGACAAGGCCAUCAGUGCGCCCCAUUCACCCAAGAUAGGUGUCUAUCUGGAUCACAGGGCAGGAGUUCUGGCGUUCUACAGCAUUGGGGAAAAUAUGACCCUGCUGCACAGAUUUCAGACCGCCUUCACUGAGGCACUCUACCCUGGCUUUGGCGUGGGGACUUCCGUCAAAAUCUGCCAGCUUAAAUGAGCUCUACAUUCAGCUUAUUAAUUUUACUAAACGCAAUGUGUCAAAGUGUAAACAACUAUAAAGUGCUUUGUUUAUAUGAUUUUUUUUUACUUGUGCUGCACUCAACUUUGUUACUUUUUAACCAGUAUAUUAAGAUUGCUGUGAUGACGGACACAAUUUUAUGUUAUUUUUUUAAUUAGUCCUCUGGCUAAGAGAGGCCUUUCAUUUUAUAAACCUUUGUAAGGUAUCUCUCUAUAAAGUAUUUUUUCUUAAUUUGACAUGUUUGAAUACUAAACCUAUAUUUAUCAGAACAAGUCCAUUUUUACCAGCAUGUAACCUUUUUCAUCCAAAUAACCCAUUUAUAUUUUAAUAAAGUUUUUAAAUUA